ACCUCGCCCUCCUCCAGCCCCGCAGCGCCCAGGCCGGGGCGGCGGGGAGGGGCAGCAGGCAGCGCCGCUCCCACUCCGCGGCCGCUCCCUCUCCGGGCUCCGUCCCUCCGGGCGUCCCCCGCGCCCCGCCCGCUGCCGGUCGGCCCCUCCUGCCGCUAGCUCCUAGCUUGCUCGGCCUCCGCCGCCUAAACUUUUCACGGGGCGCGUCUCCCGCGGUAGCCGGCCGCGCGACCCACGCAUGGGCGCCCCGCCGCAGGGGGCCUGACCCCGCCGCCUGGUCCGCCCGCUGCGCCAUGGCGGCCCGCGCGCCCCCCGCCGCACCUGCGGCGGAUGAGCCUGGGGGACCGGGAGACCCCCCACGCAAGAAGAAGUCCCGCUCGGGCACGUCCGGCUUCCGCCGCGCCUUCAACUGGCUGCGGGGCAAGCGGCGCAAGAAGAAGGCGGCAGGGGCUGAGAGCGCCGAACCGGCCACCCCCCGGGCCAAGAAGGCGGACGACAAGGCUAGGAGGGCCAAGGGCAAAGGCCGAGGCUCAGCCAAGGCUGAGAGUGACAAGCGUCUGAGUGUGGGGCCUGGCCAGGGGCCCGGGUCUGCGGCGGACGAGCACCAGGACAAUGUCUUCUUCCCCAGUGGGCGGCUGCCUCACCUGGAAGAGCUGCACACGCAGGCCCAGGAGGGGCUCCGUUCCCUGCAGCAGCAAGAGAAACAGAAACUCAACAAGGGUGGCUGGGACCAUGGAGACACCCAGAGCCUCCAGUCCUCCAGGACAGGGCCGGAUGAAGACAGCAUCUCCUUCUGCAGCCAGACCACAUCCUACAUGGCUGAGAGCUCCACGGCAGAGGAUGCACUCUCCAUCCGCUCCGAGAUGAUCCAGCGCAAAGGCUCCACCUUUCGACCCCACGACUCAUUUGCCAAAUCGUCGGGGAAGUCAGGGCGGCGGCGGCGGGAGCGGCGGAGCACGGUGCUGGGCCUGCCGCAGCACGUGCAGAAGGAACUCGGCCUGCGGAGUGAGCGCGAAGCACCACGCACUCCUCGGCCGCCUGGUCCGCGGGACUCUGUACGGAUCCCCACGGUGGAUGGCCGCCCGGCAGGUCUGGCCUCAGGAACAGGGGUCCGGGUGUCCCUGCCGGCGCUGGAGGCAGAGGCGGAGGCCGGGUCCAAGGCAGAGGCCAUGCUGCAGCGCCACAUCGACCGCGUCUAUCGGGAUGACACCUUUGUUGGCCGGUCCACAGGGGCGCAGCCCCCACCAAUAACCCGGCCCAUGUCCCUAGCAGUGCCUGGAUUGACAGGAGGGGCAGGGCCUCCUGAGCCUCUGAGCCCGGCCAUGUCCAUCUCACCCCAGGCCACCUACUUGUCAAAACUGAUCCCACACGCUGUCCUGCCACCCACAGUGGACGUGGUGGCCCUGGGCCGCUGCAGCCUGCGCACACUGAGCCGCUGCAGCCUGCUCUCGGCCAGCCCGGCCUCCGUCCGCUCGCUGAGCCGCUUCUCCUCGGCCUCCAGCCCGCAGCCCCGCAGCCGCCACCCGUCCUCCUCCAGUGACACCUGGAGCCACUCUCAGUCCUCCGACACCAUCGUGUCCGACGGCUCCACCCUGUCCUCUAAGGGUGGCUCUGAGGGCCGGCCAGAGGGCUCUGUAGCUAGCAGUAGUGUGGCACCCCCGCCCCAGGGGGGCAGCGGGAGGGGCUCUCCCAGUGGGGGCAGCACUGCUGAGGCCUCGGACACUGCCAGUAUUCGGAGCAGCGGGCAGUUGUCCAGCCGGAGCGUGUCCCUACGUAAGCUGAAGCGGCCCCCGCCACCUCCCCGCCGGACCUACUCACUCCGUCAGCGGGGCUCAGCGGCCCCUGAUGGGCCCUUGGGGUUGCCUCCGAAGCCAGAGCGGAAGCAGCAGCCACAGCUGCCUCGUCCGCCCACCACGGGUGGGUCCGAAGGGACAGGGGCAGCCCCCUGUUCAUCCAGCGCAGCAGGCAGCUGGGUGCCUGGCUUGUCUCCAGGUGGCUCCCGGCACCUCCCACGCUCUCCAGAACGGACACUCUCACCCUCCAGUGGGUACUCGAGCCAAAGUGGUACCCCCACCCUCCCUCCCAAGGGUCUAGCAGGGGCACCCUCUUCCCCAGGCAAGGUCCAACCCCCUAAACCAGAGCGUGUCACCUCCCUCCGCUCUCCCGGGGCCUCUGUCUCCUCCUCCCUGACCUCGCUGUGUUCCUCCUUCUCUGACCCAGCCCCCUCAGACCGUUCUGGUCCGCAGAUGUCGAUCACCCUUGGCGACAGGUUUGUCAUACCUCCUCAUCCCAAGGUGCUGGCCCCCUUCUCCCCACCUCCUUCCAAGCCCAAGAGUUCUAACCAAGCUGCCCCAUCCCUGGCUGCCCCCGCGCUGGCCCCUGGGCCCAUUGCUACCGUGGAUGCCAGCCCCAAGUCCCAGCCCAGCCCACAGACAUCCCUGGCCCCACCGCAGGAGUCUCCUGCUGCCUCCAAAGACCGGUCACCCCCACCGUCCCCACCCCCAUCUUAUCACCCACCUCCGCCACCCAGUAAGAAGGUGGAGGUGGCUGAGGAGGCUCCAUCUGCCCCAGAGACUGCCGAGGAGCCCCUCCAAGAUCCCAGCUGGCCCCCACCCCCACCUCCCGUGCCUGAGGAGCAGGACCUGUCCAUGGCUGACUUCCCCCCACCAGACGAGGCCUUUUUCUCUGUGGCUGGCCCCGAGCCUGCAGGCCUUUCAGACCCUCCAGCUCCUCUCAGCUCCCUGGCUGCGGCGCCUGCCGCCACCACCUCUUCUCAGAGCCAGCCCCGUGGCACCCCAGACCCGCCAGCUCCGCCAGCCCUCCCAGACAGUCCUGUCACCGGGCGUGUAGCCCAGCUUCCUCAGAAGGAACCUGUGGGCUGCAGCAAGGGCAAUGGGGCUCCCAGAGAGGAGGCCGGUGCCCCCCUGGUCACGCCCUCCCUCCUGCAGAUGGUUCGGCUGCGUUCUGUGGGUGCUCCCGCAGCGGCUCCAACUCCAGCAUCAGGGCCAUCGGCCCCCCAGAAGCCGCUGCGAAGGGCCCUGUCGGGGCGGGCCAGUCCCGCACCUGCCUCCUCCCCAGGGCUGCACGCUGCCAUCCGACUCAAGGCCUCUGGUCUGGCUGCCAAAGAGGAUCCUGGGAGCGCCCAGCCCAACGGGCCACCUGAGGGAGAGCCACGGUCUCCCCAGUCCCCCGCCUCCAUGGCCAGCUUCAUCUUCUCCAAGGGCACCAAGAAGCUGCAAUUGGAGCGGCCUGUGUCCCCUGAGAACCAGGCUGACCUCCAGCGGAACCUGGUGGCUGAACUUCGGAGCAUCUCAGAGCAGCGACCGCCGCAGACCCCAAAGAAGUCACCGAAGGCUCCCCCACCUGUGGCCCGCAAACCCUCUGCGGGGGUGCCCCCACCCACCUCGCCCAGCUCUCCUCGGGCUGAGCCCCUCACUGCUCCUCCGACCAAUGGGCUCCCUCAUGCUGAGGGUAGGACUAAGGGGGAGCCAGCGGAGAAUGGAGGUGUCGUGCGGCUGGUGGGCGCGGAGGAGAGGCUGGAUCGGCCUGGCUCAGACCCACAGAAAGAGCUGGUCUAACCACCAGGCACCUCACUGGCACUGCUGACCCCUCCCAGGAAUACAAUCUCAGGGACCUGAGCAGUUCCAAGGAUGAGAGGAUGUGGCAGAGACCUAACCUAGUAGAGAGGAUGCCUGCAGCCUUAACCUCCACGGCCUUCAAUAUUUAUGCAAGUCUGGUCUUGACCCUGUCCUCCAACUCAUCCAGCUCUCAUGCCUUUUCCCCAAUGGAGUCACCUCCGGCAGCUGCCACUUGAGUCUUGGCCUUAGCCUCACCUUGAAGGAAGUAGCUGGCGGGAGUGGGCGGCUGCGCCCCCUGCUGGCCCUGAGGUCAGAGUUGGGAGAACACCUCCCUUGGGUUCCACUUUUUUUUAAUGCCCAAAUCAUGCACACCCCCUGUAGUCUGGAAUCAAAGCACUUUCAGAAGGAGACUGCAUGUCCACCCUCCAGGGCCCAUGAAGCCACAUUCCAAGGGCCUGUUUACAUGGCGGCAGCGUCAAUCCCCGGCAGCCAGCCCACGGCUGGGACCAUCCCUUCCCUCUCAUCCAGUUUGCUCCUCAGUUCUCGGAGGUGGGCAAGUCGUUGCAUUCCCACAGGCUGGAGGCGGGAGCGAGGCUGUGGAACUCCAAAGCACAAAGGGUGCAGCAAGGGUUAGCCUUCCUGUGCCUCAACUUACCACCAACCACCCUCCUGCCUUCCGGUUAUGCUAGGUGCUCCAUGCAGGGGACAGCAGUGGGAGGCUGCUCGGCCCAUGGCAGGGCGGGGACGGAGAGGGGAGGAGGUCACAGGUUCUGUCCUUAGAGGGCAGAACAGUACGGGGAGCCAUCUUGGGGGUCACUUGGCAGUUGUCCUUUGUUUCAUCUGAUCAGGUUGGGGGUGGGCAGGCACAGCUCUUCAGGGACAAAGCUGUGUCCCUUUCAGCUGGACAGAAGCACUGAGGAGGUGGGUGGCGGGGAGCCUACCACAGGGAGGGCCUGUCUGGGCAUCGGGCCGGGCCCAGCCCCACAGGUUUCCUCGCCUUACCUUUCUUCCCUCGCCUCUGUUCACGGCCUUUGUGCAGCUGCCUUUCAGCACAGGUGGCUCCACUGGGGGGAGCUGGCACUGGGUGACCAGCGUGAGAAGCGGAAGGUACAUCCUGUUCCGGGCUCUUCCGUAGUUGUGGGGGGGCGGGCACUCCAUGCUCCAAGGGAGCAGGAUUGGUGGUUGCCCCCCCCCCCCAAGAAAUCAGUCUCUGCUACUGAUGUGCCCUCCAGGAAUUUUAGUGACUGUGUCCAGCCUGUGCCACCUAUCUAGGUAAGCUGGCUUCCCUUCCGGCCCCUGUGGCUGCACAGUGACUCAGGCUUGAGUCUGGCACGGAGCCUUCCCAUUGGCUGUUUCUCUUCCACCAAGGAGAUUGGCCUCCUCCCAGAAUGAGGGCUGGGACCGCGGGAUGUGGUGUGAGAGCUGCCCUGGCCCUCUCACUACUUCCUCCCAGCCUCCCCGGAGCCGUAAGCCAGUGUUCUUCCCUUGCCCUUUGGUAAUGGGGAGCUGCUGCUGGGGACGUGCUGUGCUUGCCCCGUGAGUGGGGGAAAGAAGAUGGUCAGUAAGCACCACUCUGCUCAGAGCUCCUGAUCCAAGCCCCUGGGAAGCAGGACCGGGCCAGUGCCUCCAUGGAACCGGGUCCUGGCAGCAGCCUCGGAGCUGCUGGGGGUGGGAGGGAUCCUGAAGUCCCUCUUGCCUUCCUUUCUCUAAAUGUUACUCAAGCUCCUUUUCCUCAGUUAGAAUCUUUUAUUUCCCCACUGGGUGGGACAGAGGGCAAAGGGAGGAUCUGGAAGCAUCCCUUCUUUGUCCUCUGGGGCAAAUGAGCUUGAUCUAGUGCAAAUGGAGAGACCAAAAGCCUCUGAUUUUUAAUUUCCACAAAAAUAUUAGAGAAGUAUAUAUAUAUUUCUUUAAAUUUUUGAGUCUUUGAUAAUGACUAUAUAAACAAGCCAUUCACUCUGCCCUGAAGCUGUGUGUUUCAAGUGUUAAUUAAAUGAUUAAAACUUG